AUGCAGAGCUGGACGACGGAGAAGAAGGAGGCGGCGGCGGCGGCGGCGGCGGCGAACGGACAGGCCCCGUCACGUGAAACCGCGGGGCCACCAGUCCUGGCCAGCGCCGCCGACUUCUAUCGCACGAUGCCAGUGUUCGAUCGCCGCGUGCACAUCCUGGGCGUCGGCAACGUGGGCAGCUUCAUUGCGCAUGCGAUCCGAGGCACACCGAACCCCCCGCCCGUCACGCUCCUCUUUCCAAGCUGGGAGCGUCUCAACGGGUGGAAGGACUCGCCGCAACGAUUGGCGGUCGUGACUGAAGGCGACACGGAGGUCCGUGAUGGAUACGACGCCGAGCUGGCCAUCCCGCGCAUUCGCUUCCACGGCAAGGAGGUCGGCCUGUCCAACAGCAAGGCCGAGGAGGGCCGCAGCUUCCAGGAGCCGCAGACGCUGGACGGAGAGUCGACAGCGCCCAUCAGCUCGCUGAUUGUGUGCUCCAAGGCGCCGGUCGUGCUGCAGGGCCUGUCUGCUGUCAAGCACAGACUGCACAGAGACUCGGUGGUGCUGUUCUUGCAGAACGGCAUGGGCGUAGUGGACGAAGUGAACCGCGACAUCUUCCCUGACCCGGCCUCGCGACCGUACUACAUGCUCGGCAUCAACUCGCACGGCAUGCAUUCGUCCCCGGACACUCCGUUCACCACUGUUCAUGCUGGCUUCGGCACACUCGCGCUCGGCAUUCUGCCGCACGAGCGAGACCGCGAUCCCAAGUCGCCAUACGCCCCGCGCGACACAUUCGCUCCACACAGGCAAGCAGUCCAGCAUAGCCCGCCAGCACCUCGCACGCAGGACCAUGAUGCUGCCCUGCCCACCUCGGCAUCCACACCCUGGACGCCCAAUCAGCGGUACCUCCUGCGCACCCUUCUCCGCACCCCCGUCCUCGCCGCCACCGCCUUCUCCCCACCCGACCUGCUCCAGAUGCAGCUCGAGAAACUCGCGGUCAACUGCAUCGUCAACCCCCUCACCGUCCUCCUCGACGCCCGCAACGGCUCCAUCCUCUACAACUACGCCCUGACCCGCACCAUCCGCCUCCUCCUCUCCGAGAUCAGCCUCGUGAUGCGCUCGCUCCCCGAGCUCCAGUACAUCCCCAACGUCUCCUCGCGCUUCGAUCCCGGCCGUCUCGAAACCAUUGUGGUCUCCGUCGCACAGAAGACAAAAGACAACAUCAGCAGCAUGCUCGCCGACGCGCGGGCCGGCCGGCAGACGGAGAUUGACUACAUCAACGGCUGGAUUGUCAAGAGGGGUGAGGAGCUGGGGAUCAGGUGUGUUAUGAAUUACCUCAUGGUCAAUUUGGUCAAGGGGAAGGCGCAGAUGAUUGAUUUGGAGAUUGGGGAGGGUGUGCCGUUCGUGAGCGCUGGGGAGGGGAGGAAGAAGGAGGGCGGGCUGGAGGUUAGGAGUGGUGUUGCGCGGGCAGAGGAGGCUGUAUCGUACAAACCACCGCAUUCCGUGUCAGAGUAUCGGCUCCUCUCCUGA